AAUGGCAGCUCUGUGAGAUGCACCUCAACAUUAGCGACAUUUGGAAUUACUUACUUUAUCAUUAAAAAAAUAAUACAAAAUUACGUUGCAAAAUAUUGUUAAGGAUGAGCUAUCGUGGUAUUCCAGCUGGAUAUGAAGACGACCCGGACUUUAGUUGUAUCUCCGAUAUGGUGCAGAAAAUAACCGUUGUACCAGAUAUAACUAUUGCUGCUGGGCUGAAUAACGAAAACUUCGAUCGCACCCUCAGCGCCGACGUCGACAACUGGUUUCAGAACUACAAAGAGCAAUGGAAUUCAUACAAACGCACCCCUUCUGCUCAACACAAUCUCAAAGUGAUGCUCCACAGAGAUCCAGAUCCUCUCUUGCUUGCCUUAAAGUUGUUUGCGAAUUGUCCAGGAUGUAAUAAUUUAAAAAACAAAAACUUGGCGUUAUUUAUACUGGAAACCAUUUGUGACCUCCAUACACAAUAUCCAGAGAUAUCAGCUAAAUGUUCUGACAACACGCGCAUGGUUGCUUUCAACUUUGUGAAGACUUGCGGUAUAGUAUCGCUAUAUAAAUCUGUGAUGAUCACGUAUCAAUUGAAUAAAAUAUGUGAAAUGUUGGUGCCUAAAAUAAAGGAAUUAAUAACACAAGGGCACUUCAAAGAUGCUGCGUAUUGGACGAUGAACUUGCAAAUUACUCACCUUUUUGGCAUUUUCGAUAUUAUAUUCCCAUUAAUUUUACAAGAUAAAGUGCCAUUGGCAGAGAUGUAUCUUAAUGCUGCUAAAGAUUUGGCGUUGCCCACUGUACAAUUCCUUGAUUCCUUACUGGAUAAACAAAAGACUGUAUUUGAACAUUGUGAUGAAAUAUUAACAAAAUAUGAGUACAAAGACGUUAAACAUACUGUUUUAACGUAUCGCCCAAUGUCCAAGCUAGUCACACGCUUGGCGAAGACAUACAAAAUUGACAGCCAUUUUACACCCAAUCUCAAUUUCACAAAGGCUUGUUCUUAUAUGCAUUUCUUAUGGCACAAAUAUCGUGAUGGCGGCAUGAGUUGUGAUGCAUAUCGUGAAUUGGCACGUGAUGCCGCCAGUACCAAGCCAUUACAAAUGGACUUGAUAACUAAUGUCGCCUCAUAUGGCGAAUUUGACGAGGUGAAAUAUUGGAUAAAUUAUUUUAACAUACCACUGGAGGAAAUAGCAGAGGAUAUACGCGAGGACUUGAAACGGCUUCAACCUUCAGAAAACACCGAUGAAAUUCAGAUGCUAAAUACCAGCAGCAAUGAAACUACAAGUGCCGUAAAUAACGGAGGCGCCACUAACAAAUCAAAACGUGCAAAUGCAACUAUACCUAAUAAUUAUUUAACGUUAGCAUUACCCAUUGACUGUGUUAUAUUAAUCGAUGAUCGUGUGAAAUUUCAUGAAAUGUUAGAAUACUUACAAGGACAAUUACUUAUCGCAUUCGAUUCUGAGUGGAAACCCUCUGUUUGUAAUGAAAACGUUAUAUCACUUUUACAAAUAGCUACCCCGUAUCGCGUUUACCUAUUGGAUUGCCUUUCUUCACAACUUAGCGAUGAGUUAUGGCAACAGCUCGGACAACGAGUUUUCAACAAUUUGGAGAUUUUGAAAGUUGGUUUCUCUUUACAUCAAGAUUUGCGUAUGCUACACAAAUCAUUGCCGCUACAACUAAAUUUGAAUGCGAAAACCUGCUACUUGGACUUGCGUGAAUUAUGGCGACGACUCAAGUAUUUACAAAUUGUAAAAUUUCCAUUUGGUUGUGGCUCAAACUCCGGCGGCAGUUUGUGUGCAUUAACCGAAUUGUGUUUGGGCAAAAAAUUGGACAAAUCAAAUCAGUGUUCCAAUUGGGCCAAUCGACCACUGCGUCACGACCAAAUUGUUUAUGCGGCUUUGGAUGCGCAUUGUUUGCUGCAGGUGUACCAAGUAAUUGUGGAUAUUCUUUUAGGCAUAGGCCUGGAUUUUGACGAAGUAGUCAACGAGGUGACAACUGGAAAAACCGGUUACUUAUUCCGCAUGAAACGCGCUUUCACGGAACACAACAAUGAAUGCAGCACAUCUGUGCCCGACAAAGGCAAUAUAGCCAAAGUUCCUGCUGUCAGCGCAAACUUUGCUGGCACAAUUAGCACAAAAUUUAUCUGCGAUAGAAUGUUGUAUGGCCUCUCGAAGGAGCUACGCAAAUUGGGCAUUGACUGUAUGGAAAUAAUCAAAGAUAAUCUGAGCCAUUAUGUGAAUAUAGCCAAAAGAGAGAAUCGCUAUGUACUCACAAGAGACACGCGUUAUGACUUAUUCCUCAAAAUAUUGCCACAAACACAAUGCCUCCUAAUACCGAAUGAUACCAGCGUAGAGCAAGUGUUGAAUAUACUACGACUAUUGGAUAUAAAAAUCUACGAAAACAAUCUAUUUACACGCUGCCUACAUUGUAAUAGUAAUGAAUUUAUUUUGGCAUUGAGACAUGAAUUGCAGGUUAUGCGCUAUGGUCAGGCUUUAGAUGAUGUCAAGGAGUUGAGUGCCGGCAAUGUAUCGCCAUUUGAGCGCACAUUUAACUUGUUAAAUGUGAACCAAGACGUUUUGAAAUCAAAAACCACCUAUCGUGGCAAGCCGAUCAAGCUGAACCGCAUUAACUCCCAUAUAUUGCGUUCUAAAGAACACUUUUAUAUAUGUGAUAAUUGCGGUAUUUGUACUUGGGAUGGUGCGCAUUCAAUACAUGGCAGCGUAAUGGAUUUGAUUCUUUACAAUAACUGCGAAACUGAUACUGCUGCUGGAUUUUAAGCGCGGAUAUCUUGUGACUGAAAUUUGCAUUGAGUGGUAUUAAGUUAACACUAUAAACAUUAUUAUUAUUGCUAUUUUUUAUUAUUUUUUAUUUGUCGAAUAUAUCGAGCUUUAACCGUCAAAAUAACGGGCACAACAAAAUAUUGUCAUUACACUUCACGCUGCAUUUGCAGUUUGGCAACGACGAACAUAAUCAUUGUGAAAUUGUGAGGUUAUGUUCGUAAAUAAUUUUGCAAAUUUGUUAAAUUUUUGCGAACCAUCAAAGGCUCUUAGGCAAAUGUUCUCGUACGAGACAUCUACAUUUACCAUUGGCAUUGCGUAUUUUUUAAUUAACAAAAAAAUGGAAUUAAAAAAUUGAACUCUGUUUACGGUUAUCAUUAACAUCACUGAGCUUCGCUUCCUAUACAUUUUUACUUAUGUUGAGUUCGAGCUUUUUUUUAGUAAUCCUCAAGUGGAGGAAGCUAUCAGUAGUAAGUCGAAGUGUUUUUUUUUGCUCAAGGUUUUGCCAUUAGUAUGAAAAAAUAGACUUGUUCGCUGCGACUUUCCUACAUCAAAAUCAAAAUUAUGUUUAAGUAAUAAAUAUAAAAUUAUAGAAUUUAGAUAGAAGAAGAAGUGGCAUCUGCAUCUGAUUGAGUUUAGUUAUUUAGCCGGUCAAAGUUCAAUAUAAAUAUCAUUAUAUAUACACAUACCUAUGUUACUCCUACAUUUCACCCUGUACGUAUAUCUUUGUAUUUUUAGACUUGGAAAAGUGUCAUUUAUUUUUAUCGUCCAAUUAAAAUUAUAUACCUAAUCAUAUUCUUAAAUUAGUACAAAAUCAACAAUAUUACAAAUAAUUCAAAGUACAUUGAAAUGAAUUGAGAGUACAUGAAAGAAACGAAAUACAAAUUAAAUAAUAUACAUUUGUAUGUGUGUAUGUUAGUCUGUAUGUUCAAUAUAGCCGUAACAAUUUAUUAGAAUGCAAUAAGCUAGUGUGAAAAUCUCAAAACCCUUAAGACGUAUGUGUCUGUAAUAAAUGAAUUUAAUAAAAAUAUAUGUUAAAAUUGA